AUGGCUGCUCCUCCCUUAAAAGGCACCCGAGUCAUUGAGCUGGCAGGCCUAGCGCCAGGCCCAUUUGCCGGUCUUCUCCUCGCCGACUACGGCGCCUCCGUUCUUCGUAUCGACCGCCCCUCAACCGCGAGUGCGGACCAGCUAACUCGACGCAAAAGCUCGAUCACCCUCGACCUCCGUGACCCCAACUCACGGAGUGUUCUGCUACGUCUCCUCACGGCAGCCGAUGUCCUGAUCGACCCCUUUCGGCCCGGCGUCCUCGAACGCCUGGGUCUUUCACCGACAGAGGUCCUGCUGAAACACAACCCGCGACUUAUCGUUGCGCGCAUGACGGGUUUCCGACGCGACGGCAAGUACAAGGACAUGGCCGGACACGACAUCAACUACAUCGCCGUGUCGGGGGUGCUGUCGAUGCUUGGACGAGCUGGAGAUAAACCCUUUGCCCCGGGUAACAUCCUCGGAGACUUUGCCGCCGGCGGCGCGAUGUGUUUCCUGGGAAUUCUGCUGGCGCUUAUUUCCCGCGCUCAUACCGGCCGCGGCCAGGUCGUCGAGGCUAAUAUGGUCGAUGGCUCCGCAUAUCUCGCGACCAUGCCACGACUUGCACUCCAGGGCUUCGCGUGGAACCAGCCCCGCGGCGAGAACCUCUUGGAUAGCGGAUGCCCCUACUAUGACACCUACGAGACCAAAGACCCAGGGAAAUAUUUUGCGGUGGGUGCCCUAGAGCCACAGUUCUAUGCGGCAUUGCUACGCGGACUGGAGUUCGACCCGGCCACUACCCCAGCGCGCGACGACCGCGGGAACUGGUCGGCUCUCCGUGAUCUCUUCACUCGUCGCUUCAAAGAAAAGACCCGUGCUGAGUGGGCGGCCAUCUUUGAUGGUACUGAUGCCUGCGCAACCCCGGUUCUGGAGCAGAGUGAGCUCGAGGCUGUGGGGUAUGACCAGCGUCCAGCGGUCCACUUGUCUCAUACACCUGCUUUCUCUUUUAAAGCGGAUGAGGGCGGUUGGACUGGUGGGGGUUUGUCACCCGGCGACGGCGGUCCCGAGACUCUCCGAGCAUGGAUGGGGUGGGAACAAGACAAGGACUUUGCUGUCCGGGAAGAUGGGGCGCUGAUGUCCCCAAAUGGAAAGUUCAAGCUAUGA